AGUUAGUUUUGAAGUUUUGCUUUUGGAGUAGAACACCUUUAAACUUCAAAUAUAGAGUUUUGGAAACUUCAAAAUAGAGUGUCUUUUUGGAGAUGCUCUUAUGGAGUAACUUUUGCUCCAAUGGUGUUACUCUAUAAUAGAGUUACUCUAUUACAUAGUGAAAUAUAGAUGAAUCUCACUUUUCCACUCCAAAUAUAGAGUAAAAUAUGAUAUUCUUCUAUAUUUCACUCUAAAAUAGAAUAACUCUAUUAUAAAGUAACACCAUUGACGCAAAAGUUACAUUAUAAUAUAGUUACUUUAUUUUAGUGUAAAUUAUAGAGUUAAAAACAGUCUUCUUGGAGAUGCCCUUAAUAGAAAGAUAAUAACGCAUUGACAGUUUGGGAUAAAGUUUAAACACUCGAAAGAGAUACAAGGCAAAACAAAACAAAAAGAUCGCCACCUCGAAGAUUAUAAUCCGCUAGACGGAACUUCUAAUCGAUCCAUAGAUCAAAGUUUAUAUAUGUUUCUAAAAGAGACAAAUUCAAUUCUUUCCUUUUGAAAGAUAUUUGUUUGAUAAGAAGUAAAAAUCGAAAUGAUUCUCUCUUCUAAUCGUGUUUCUAUGUGUCAAAUAAUCAUUGUCUUAGAUUUUUAAUAUAAAAUUAUACGUAGUUUGUAAUUGCGAGUCAAAAUGAAUAAAAAUGAGGAUAAUACCAAAAGUAAAAAGAAUUGAUACUUAAAAUUUUGAAAAAUAAUUAUUUUAAAAAAUAGUUCUAAAUUUUUUUCUGAGUCAAUUGGCUCAUAAUACAAAAAGAACAUGGGUAUUAACAAUCUACCUAUAACAGUAAACUUUGGUGUCUAACAAUUAAAGUACCAUCAUGUACGGAAUUUCAGGUAUUCACCUAGUUAAGAAAAAAAAUUGUGUACAGAGUGCAAUUUCUCUUUUUUUUGGGUCAAAAGAAUAAUUCUAAAAUAACACCAACAGUUACAAUUAAAAUCGCUAUCACAGAAAAACAAAUUGCAAGUCAAUCUUGAUUUUGAUAUCCUAAUUGUUGGACCCAGAAACAAUUAGGAAUGAAAUAGACAGAAGGCUCAAGCCCAUCAACCUUCUUUAUCCAAUAAAAACGACGGGUCCGGCUCUAAUUCUUCAUGCAAAGAGAGUGGGAGGAGAACCCGAUAGACAAGAGAAGAUGAGGUCAACGAAGUUCCUAACAACCAAAGAAGUAGUUGAAGAAGAUCCGGAAGAGCUAGAUUUAUAAGAAAGAAGCUGGAUCGAGGUGAGGAGACACGUGAAACCCUAGAGAGAGACCUAGCUAUACACAUCGACCUCACCAUAAGCUCGAUAUAGUUCAUUCUUGUAUUCGAUCUCAAUUGUAGGCUCGAUCUCAUUCCUUUAUUGUAUUCAACUCUGCUUAAUCAAUAAAAAUCUAUUUUUGUCAACCGAAAUCUGAUUAUAUCUUGUAUUCUAAAGAUAUUGUUGUCCACAUCUUUUUUAUUUUCUAGUUUUUACAUUAAACACUAUCAAAUACUCAGUGUGAGUUUUAGGAUCCACACUAAUCUACCAGAGGUAAACUAGGAUCAAUUGGAUAUGGCAUAAUAAAUGAUUUUGCUAUAAAUGAUAUGAUACAUUAAGGAUUUGAUACAAAAGAGUCAAGUUUAACAAUAUAAGUUGAUAUAUAUCAGUUGCAAUAUUAUUAAACGAAUGGCCAAUAUUAGUUUUACUAGUCUGUCUUAUUAAAACAGAAACUUUCAUUUCAUCCAAUAGUUUUUUUUUUUAAAUACUAGUUAGGUGAGAUAUAUCAAGCAUGAACAAAAAUAAAGCAAUCUUUAAUUUAUUACACGCUUAGUUCCGUCAAGAAAAUACAAAAUAUAGUAGUUAAUGGUACAUGGAUGAUCGAUUGAUUGAUCAGUUAUAGAAUGCGAUAGGAAUACAUAUGUCAACAAUCUAGAAACACCUUGAAAUAGAAUCAAGAUUCAAUAGAUACUACUAUUAUAUCUCUGACAGCUUAUCUGAUUACCAUGACUUCAAGAUUAAAACAAGUAAGAUACACUUUUCAUCACUACAAGUAAAAAAAGGUCGACUCUUUCUUCUUCCCCGGAAAAUGUCUCACCUUGACGAUCUUCCUUCCACUCCCGGAAAGUACAAAGUUGUGCCGUACGGGGUUCUCCACAACCACCGCUACCUCCGCCUCUCGAAACUCACGCUCUGGGCUUCUCUCUUCCUCGCCCUCUUCCUCUUCUACCUCGUCUUAUCUCCUCCGGCGUCUCCUUCUCGCCGGAGCCUCAACGAUUCAUCCGUUAAGUACGGCGGCUCUCACUGGGAGAAACAAGUCCGUAAAUCCGCUCGUCCGAGGUCUCGCGGCGGCUUAACGGUUCUAGUCACCGGAGCCGCCGGAUUCGUGGGUACCCACGUCUCGAUCGCGCUACGGAGACGCGGCGACGGGGUCCUGGGUCUCGACAACUUCAACCGAUACUACGACCCGAAGCUGAAACGAGCGAGGCAAGGGCUUCUAGAGAGAUCAGGAGUCUUCGUCGUCGAAGGAGACGUAAACGACGCCGUUUUGCUAAGGAAGCUCUUCGACGUCGUCCUCUUCACACACGUCAUGCAUCUCGCCGCUCAAGCCGGUGUGCGUUACGCGAUGCAGAACCCGGGCUCGUAUGUGAACAGCAACAUCGCUGGCUUCGUGAAUCUCUUGGAAGUCUCGAAAGCUGCGAGUCCUCAGCCUGCGCUUGUCUGGGCUUCGUCUAGUUCUGUUUACGGUCUCAACACUAAAGUACCCUUCUCCGAGAAAGACCCUACGGAUCAGCCGGCGAGUUUAUACGCAGCUACGAAGAAAGCUGGUGAAGGAAUAGCACAUACUUAUAACCAUAUCUACGGUUUAUCCUUAACCGGUUUGAGAUUCUUCACGGUUUAUGGACCUUGGGGUAGACCAGACAUGGCCUACUUCUUCUUCACUAAAGAUAUACUCAAAGGGAAGACGAUUACAGUGUUUGAGUCUCCUGAUAAAGGUAGUGUUGCUAGGGACUUCACCUACAUUGAUGAUAUUGUGAGAGGCUGUUUAGGUGCGCUGGAUACUGCUGAGAAGAGUACUGGUAGUGGUGGGAAGAAGAAAGGUCCUGCCAUGUUUAGGAUUUACAAUUUGGGGAAUACUUCUCCUGUUCCUGUUACUAAGCUUGUGACGAUAUUGGAGAAGCUUUUGAAGAUGAAAGCUAAGAGGAAGAUCAUGCCUUUACCGAGGAAUGGGGAUGUUGAGUUCACUCAUGCUAAUAUCACGUUGGCGCAAACAGAGAUUGGUUAUAAACCUGAGGUUGAUCUUGAGACGGGUUUGAAGAAGUUUGUGAAAUGGUACAUGGGUUUUUACACAGGCUCGAAGAAGAAGAGUUCUUGGUGAGAGAUCUCUCACUCUCUCUGCUCUAGCUGGCUGGCUCCACUGUUAAUGGACAAACAUUUGGUUUUUUCUCAAGAUAAAGCUAUCUGCAUUGUUACUGUGUUGCUAGAUUAUGCUUCAUUUAUUUGUUAGUAGAUUUUGAGCAAUGUACAGCUUCAGGACUUGGAUGUUUUUUCAAUGGUGGAAACUCGUCUUUUGGAUAUUGUUGGAAGAAUACGGUAGCUUGGACUUUGAUGCAUAUACACUCUCUAGUUAUUCAAUCUACUUUGUUACCUUGUUUCUUGUGAAUCCAGACCUAUCUUUAUAAUGUUACACAGCCCUUAACCAUAUGUUGUUUUGAAUAAGAAAUAAAAUUACUGCAGACA